GUGAUCUCCUUUCCUCAAUGCACUCAAAUUUCUUCCUUCCUUUCUCAAAUUCCACGACCACCCUUUCUCUCUCUUCCCAUUUUCAGAUUGUUUUUCACUCCUUCCACUGUCGUUUCUUAGUUUUCUCAAACUUGAACACUUCUUCUCGGAGGAUUGAGCCGUUUCUGUGGGAGUUCUAGCUCCCCAGAUCUAUCUCUGCAAGGGAAAAUGGGGUUACUUUCACGUAAGUUAUUCCCUGCAUGUGAGAGCAUGUGCAUAUGCUGCCCAGCUUUGAGGUCCCGAUCUCGACAACCUGUUAAGCGAUACAAGAAGUUGCUGGCUGACAUUUUCCCCAAGUCCCCAGAUGGCUCUGCAAAUGGAAGGAAAAUUAUGAAAUUAUGUGAAUAUGCUGCGAAAAACCCCUUCCGUAUCCCAAAGAUUGCAAAGUGUCUUGAAGAGAGAUGCUACAAAGAGCUGCGUAGUGGACACACCAAAUUGGUCAAUGUUAUUGCAGAGGUUUACAAUGAGUUGCUUUGCAUGUGUAAGGAGCAAAUGGCAUGUUUUGCUGUUAAUCUGUUGAAUGUUGUUGUUGAAAUGCUGGAUUGUGCAAAGACUGAUGCUGUCAAGACUAUCGGUUGUCUGACCUUUACUAAGUUUAUCUACAGUCAGGUUGAUGGAACAUACACAUACAAUAUAGAAAACUUGGUCCAGAAAGUAUGUUCACUAGCUCGGGAGACUGGUGAAGAAGAUCAAAAGCGCUGCUUGAGGGCAUCAAGUUUGCGGUGCCUUUCAGCCAUGGUAUGGUUCAUGGCUGAGUUCUCUCAUAUCUUUGCCGAUUUUGAUGAGAUUGUACAUGUUACUUUAGAUAACUAUGAGCCAGAUGCCCAUAAUGAAGAUGAUGAAAGAGGGGAAGCGCACCAUAAUUGGGUGGAUGAAGUUAUUAGAUCUGAAGGAAGAGAUGUUGGGAAUGAAAAUAGACCUGGCUAUCUCAUUAGAAAGCGGCCAGAUAAGAAGGAUAUCUCUCUAUUAACUAGCGAAGAGAUUGAGAUGCCAAAAAUAUGGGCUCAUAUAUGUAUUCAGAGGAUGGCUGAUCUGGCAAAGGAGAGUUCAACAAUGCGCCGAGUUUUAGAUCCUAUGUUCAUCCACUUUGAUAACAACAAACACUGGGUUCCCCGGCAUGGAUUGGCAUUUGUGGUUCUGUCUGAUUUGUCAUACUUUGUGGAAAGUUCAGGGAAUCACCAGUUGAUUCUAACAGGUGUGGUUAGACAUUUAGACCACAAAAAUGUGGCAUGCGAUUCUCAAAUUAAGUCAUUUGUCAUCCAAACUGCUACUGCGUUGGCUCGUCAAAUUCGAUCGGGAGGUGGAUUUUCAGAUAUUGGUUUUGUCAGUGACUUGUGCCGACAUUUGCGUAAAAGCCUUCAAGCAACGGUUGAUUUGGCUGGGGAGGAGAUAAACUUAAAUCUUACACUUCAAACCUCCAUCCAAGAAUGCUUACUUGAAACUGCCAAAGGGAUUUUAGAUGCGCGGCCAUUGUUUGAUAUGAUGGCAAUGACAUUGGAGAAGCUUCCAUCUCAUAAAGUAGUUGCCCGAGCAACAAUGGGGUCCUUGAUCAUUCUUGCACACACAAUCUCAAUAGCAUCCUUGUCUUCAAAUUCUCAGCAGGUGUUCCCAGAUGAACUUUUUAUUCAGCUUCUAAGAGUGAUGCUUCACCCCGAUGUUGAAAUACGUAUUGGAGGGCACCAUAUCUUUUCCGUUUUACUUGUAACAUCUUCCAACUAUAUGAGACAUGAUGCUCCUAGUCAUACAAGGCGAUGGAAUUCGAGUGGCGCUUCUACGUUUUCCUCGAUUACAGCUCUACUAGACAAGCUACGUAGAGAAAAAGAUGCCACAAAGGAGGACAACAUUGAGGAGGAAAGGAAGCAGGGGCGGGCCCAAAGGAAUUCCCCGAAUUUUCACAAACUGAAUUCUAUCAUUGACCGGACAGUUGCAUCGGCUAGCUUAACUGACACAGAUCCAUCGACUUUGAAGCUCAAUGAGGAUCAGAUUACCCAGUUGCUAUCUGCCUUCUGGGUACAAGCUAACUUGUCAGAUAACUUGCCUGCAAAUGUUGAAGCUAUAACCCAAUCUUUCUGCCUCACACUCAUUUCCCUGCGGCUUAGGAAUACGGAAAAUAAUCUUGUGGUCCGCUUUUUCCAGCUUCCCUUAUCACUGCUGAAGAUUGCAUUAGAGCCUAAUGAGUCCAUGUCUCCAGCGUAUCAGAGAUUGCUUCUUGUAUCAUCAACUGCAAUGUUGUCGUUUGUGGCAAAAAUGUGUCAAGUUUCUGACUUGAAUACUUUACUUAAACCAUUAAGGGACUGCAAUCUUGAUCCAUUUUUGGGUGUUGGGGAUGACUAUCAAGUAUACAUGAAGCCCCGUGCAGACUUGAGAGAAUAUGGUUCUACUUCUGAUAACCAAACAGCCGCUAAGUUCCUCUCUGAAUUACGAAACAAAUCCUUACAAUCCCUGGAAAUUAUACAGAGUACUUUAGUCGAAAGCUUGUCUAGAAUUACUCAGCUUGAGACAGAUGAUCUAGUUAAGGAGAUGUCAGAGGGCUUCACUCCUGAUGAUACUUUCUUGUUCGGACUACAAUCAAUGGUUGACAUGGAUCAUAUCCAGGUUCUCGUACACUCCAGGGAGUCUCCUUCGUAUGAUGGGGAUUUUCUUACAAACUCAUCUGCAGAGGAUGAUAAAAUUAGUGAAUCCUCGGUUACUGACAUGACCCGUUUCAUGCCAACAUCUCCAUCGCCUUCCUCAUCGCGUAUUGUCAAUAUCGGGCAGCUUCUGGAAUCAGCUCUCGAGGUAGCUGGUCAAGUAGCUGGAACGUUUGUGUCCACUUCACCGCUUCCCUAUGGUGCCAUGGCUAGCCAGUGCGAAACUCUAGGCACAGACACCCGAAAGAAGCUUUCCAAUUGGUUGGCUCACGAAAACCAUUAUACUAAAGCUGCUGCUGAUGUAUUGCUUCCAGCCAUUCCUGGAAAUGGACUAUUAACUGCCAAAAAGACGAUCGAUGAAGACUCAACCCUCCAGCAGGGUGUAAUGGUGCCGAGAGAGCCAUGGCUAGCCAUUAGGCUACCUCCGGCCAGUCCCUUCGAUAACUUCCUCAGAGCAGCUCGACGUUAAGAGGAGGUUGUGAAUAGCAGACUAGGAGUUUGAGGUUUGCUUUAUGAAUUGUAUGUUUGUUUUUACUACUUAAGUGGGUUAGCUUUGGCUUAUUUUCUGCACCCAACUUGUGAAAACCUAGUACUAGCUUUCAUGAUUGUGGAGUAAUUAGGAAAAAAAGAUAGUUUAUCAUCAAUCUAUCAUUAAAUCACUGGAAAUUAGGAAUGGUGUAUGUGUUUUGAGUAAAGAAAGUAGUAACUUCCAUUGCAUAUUUA